AUGUCAAAUAUAAUCCCAGCUGAACGCACUCUCAACUUGAAGCCGAGGGUCUGGCAAGAAUUGAAUGACACCAUUGACAAAGAGAAGGCCAUCAACUUGACACGGGGAUCUCCAGAUUUCAUAUUCACCAAUCGCGUGCUGAGAAACCUCCGGUAUGUCGCCGAUGACAACGUGUCACCGUCGCUGCAUCAGUACGCCAGAUCAACCGGACACCUGCGUCUGGUGAAUGCCCUGGCAAAGCUUUACAACCAACGGUUCCGUCACGACCCGUGCGUUUCUGGUGAAAUCCCGGAGAAUCUGCGAGAGGCCACCUUCGGUGCUGAUCGAUGCAUUAAUCCGUUGACUGAGAUAAUCAUCAGUGUUGGCGGCGUCGGUGCCCUGUCGACGAUAUUUCUAGCACUCAUCGACCCAGGUGAUGAGGUUGUCGUGAUUGAGCCCGCCUUCGAUUGCUACGCGCCGCAAAUAGAGGCUGCAGGAGGCGUCUACGUGGGUGUUCCAUUAGUUCCGCCAAAGGAUACGAAGUGCCGUGUCGAUAGCAGCGAAUUCACGGUCGAUUGGGAGGAGCUGGAAUUGAAGAUCACGAGGAAGACGAAGAUGCUUCUGCUGAACACUCCCUGCAACCCAGGUGGGAAGGUGUUUACAAAAGAGGAGAUAAAGAAAAUCGCCGACAUUUGCAUUCGCCAUGACCUCAUCUGCUUAUCUGACGAAGUCUACGAGUGGCUUGUGUUUCCACCUCACAAACACUACAAGAUUGCCUCUUUCCCCGGCAUGUGGGAACGCACGAUAACCGUGGGCAGUGCCGGCAAGGUGUUCGGUGUGACGGGUUGGAAGAUUGGGUGGACGAUUGGACCGGAGCUAUUCAUCAAUGCGAUGCAGUUGAUUCAGCAGAACACCACCUACGCGAUGUGGACCCCUCUGCAGGAGGCCCUUGCGCAGACAAUUGAGGAAAUGAUUUCAACCUUGGAUACCAACGACUGCUUCUUCCGGAAACUGUCGCUUCAGAUUGCAGAGAAGCGAGACCGCUUUGCGAACGCCCUUGAGUCAGUCGGACUGUGUCCAGUCAUUCCACAGGGCGGCUUCUUUAUGCUUGCCAACAUAUCCAAUGUCGAGGGACCGAAGCGAGAGAAGGACGACAAGCGACCCUACGACGUCGUAUUUAACGAGUGGAUGAUGAAGAACAAGGGCAUCGCCGGCGCCCCACUAUCCGCCUUCUUUAACGAUGCCAAUAGUUCCUUUGCAGAUGACUACCUUCGUUUCUGCAUCGUCAAGGACGAUUCUACCCUUGACAAGGUGGAAGAGUGCCUCAAGAAGUGGUGA